AUGCUUAGAACCAAAAUAUCUGUUUCGAUCGCUGUAAGGUCGCAGUUAACCAGAUCCUUGACAGCUUCAGGGACGACCUCAUUGAAAAGAUGGCCCAGUAAACAACAGCCGCGUUUAUAUUCCUCCAACACAAGACCACACAAGGCUACCACAACUAGAGAAAACACCUUCCAGAAGCCAUACAGCGACGGGGAAGUCACCAAGACACCAAUCGGAUCUCAUGCCAGGAAGAUCUUCGAGGCUCCACACCCACAUGCCACCCGUUUGACCGUCGAAGGUGCCAUCGAAUGUCCCUUGGAGGGCUUCCAACUUCUAAAUUCUCCCUUAUUCAACAAGGGUUCUGCAUUCACACAAGAGGAAAGGGAAGCGUUCAACCUGGAGGCAUUGCUGCCACCUCAAGUGAACACUCUGGACGAGCAACUGGAAAGAAGUUACAAGCAAUUAUGCUAUUUGAAGACGCCCCUGGCAAAGAACGACUUCAUGACCUCUUUGAGGGUACAGAACAAAGUGCUAUAUUUUGCGCUGAUCAGAAAGCAUAUCAAGGAACUAGUUCCUAUCAUCUACACCCCAACGGAAGGUGACGCCAUUGCAGCGUAUUCGCACAGGUUCAGAAAGCCAGAAGGUGUGUUUCUAGACAUCACCGAGCCCGAUUCCGUCGAACGCAGGUUGGCCACAUACGGCGGGGACAAAGACGUGGACUACAUCGUUGUGUCCGACUCGGAAGGUAUCCUCGGGAUUGGUGACCAAGGUAUCGGUGGUGUGCGUAUUGCCACCUCCAAACUGGCAUUGAUGACGCUGUGCGGUGGUAUCCACCCGGGUCGUGUGCUGCCCGUGUGUCUGGAUGUUGGUACUAACAACAAGAAACUAGCCCGUGACGAAUUGUACAUGGGUAACAAGUUUGCCAGAAUCAGAGGCAAGCAAUACGACGAAUUCUUGGACAAGUUCAUCAAGGCCGUCAAGAAACUGUAUCCAAGCGCGGUUCUGCAUUUCGAGGAUUUCGGUGUUAAGAACGCAAGAAGAAUGCUGGAGAAGUACAGAUACGAACUGCCAUCGUUCAACGAUGACAUCCAAGGCACGGGCGCCGUUGUGAUGGCCUCAUUGAUUGCCGCUUUGAAACACACCAACAGAGACUUGAAAGACAUCAGAGUCCUUGUUUAUGGCGCCGGGUCCGCCGGUCUCGGUAUCGCCGACCAAAUCGUGAACCAUAUGGUCACGCACGGCGUUGACAAGAAAGAUGCACGCAAGAAGAUCUUCCUCAUGGACAGACGUGGCCUGAUUCUACAGUCGUACGAGGCCAACUCCACUCCUGCACAACAAGUUUACGCCAAGGAUGACGCAGAGUGGGCCGGCAUCAACACCCGUUCGUUGCACGACGUGGUGCAAAACGUGAAACCCACGUGUCUGGUCGGAUGCUCCACGCAAGCAAGCGCCUUUACUCAGGAUGUCGUGGAAGAAAUGCACAAGCACAACCCAAGACCAAUCAUCUUCCCAUUGUCGAACCCCACCAGAUUGCACGAGGCCGUCCCCGCGGACUUAAUGAAAUGGACCGACAACAAUGCGCUUGUGGCCACAGGGUCUCCCUUCCCACUGGUUGAUGGAUACCGUAUCUCGGAAAACAACAACUGUUACUCCUUUCCCGGCAUUGGGCUAGGCGCCGUGCUUUCGCGCGCUACCACCAUCACGGAUAAAAUGAUUUCCGCUGCUGUGGACCAACUGGCUGAAUUGUCACCAUUAAGAGAGGGUGACUCCAGACCUGGCCUGCUACCCGGCUUGGAUACUAUCACCAACACCUCUGCGCGUUUAGCCACCGCUGUGAUCUUACAGGCGCUCGAGGAGGGCACCGCCCGUAUCGAGCAAGAACAAGUGCCCGGCGGCGCUCCUGGCGAGACUGUCAAGGUUCCUCGCGACUUUGACCAGUGUUUACAAUGGGUCAAGGCGCAGAUGUGGGAGCCCGUGUACAGACCUAUGAUCAAGGUGCAGCACGAUCCAUCGGUGCACACCAACCAAUUGUAG